AUGGCAAAACAUUCAUGGUUUAAAGGACCAGUAUGUGGUACGGAUAAUUGUAAAUCACGACUAUAUAGAUCACAAGAUGGUCUAACUAUAUGUCAAUAUGGACAUGUAUUGGAAGGAGCAAUAGAAUUUAAUGAUGAUCAAGAGACAGUAUCAGUUCAAACAAGAAGAUUAAAUGUUGUUGCAGUUGAUGAAAGGGGAAAUUUUGAAAGUCAAUCUAGCCAAAGAGUUGCUAGUAAAAUUGUUAAAGAAAAAUUAGUUGGAAACGAAGCUAUGCCUAUAUAUUUCAAGUGUUUACAAAUUUUACUAAAACAUCAAUUAAAUUCAAUAAUAAAAAUUUAUUUCAGUGAUGGAGUUAAGAAUGAAUUAACGUUAAUUGUUAAAACUAAUUGGUGUAAAGUCUUGAAUUAUUAUUAUGAACAAUACGAUGACAUUAGGAAUAAAUCAAAUAACGAGAAAAAGUCAAUUGAUAUAUUUGAUUUAAUUUGUAUCAUUUAUAUAUCGAGUUUACAAUUAAGAUCAUAUCCUUUAUAUAUUAGUGAUUUAAUGGAAUGUUUGUCAGAAGAUAAAAUACCAUAUUUCAAAACUUUUCAUUUACUACCAUCUGAUGAAUUGAAUCAAUUACAUGGUACCUAUUAUGAAAGAUUACAAGCUCAUUCAAAACCAACUAGCGGGUUAAUUUACAGAAGAAUAUUUCAUUUAAAUUCAAAAAUACUUGAGAAUGACUUAAAAAUCCCGACAACUUAUUAUUUUUCAUAUAUAUAUAACACUUUUUCAAGCUUACUACUACCGAAUACGCCUGAUUUAUUUAUGAUGAUAUUUAAAUUUUUAAAAUUGUUUGGAAAAUCUGAUUUUGAAAUACCGUCUCAAAUUAAAACAGAGAAAAAGUUAACUGAAAUAUUUCCCGAAGUUUAUUUAACACUGAUGAUGAUUUACAUUAUAAAAUUAUAUUUUGAGUAUGGAGAGUAUGAUUAUUUGAAUAAUUGGUUAGAAUACGUAAAAAAAUAUGAUACAGAAUACGAAUACAAUAAUAAUCUUAAUGAUGAAAUAUUAUUAAAUUGGUCACAAGAGAAAACAGAAAGAUAUUGUGAUUGGAUAUAUAAUCAUAUAAUGCCUCAAAAAUACAGGAGGAAUGACAAUAAAAAUGAAGAUGAUGAUGAAGAAGAAGAGGAGUUAUCUAUUAUGGAGAAAAGAUUAUUUCAAAUUUUCACAAUUGAUGAUAAAAUCAAAACAAAUAAUAAUAAUGACAGUAAUGAUGAUAAUGACUUAAUUAAUGACAAUACUAAUGAAUUAAUGACAACAAAAUAUAAUACAUUAAAACAAAUAAUAGAAUAUAAAGAUCAAUUAAAAAAUCAAAAGUCAAAUUUAAAGGGUCCAAAUAUAAACAUUAAAGAAUUAGAAAUAUUUUUAUUUAAUAAAUUAUCAAAAAAUUUAAAUUUAAAUAUUGAAUCAUUUGAAAAAUAUUAUACAACAAUUAAAAAACAAUUUAAUAAUAUUGAAAAGGAUAAAUUAAACUGA